AUGCACGUGGUGCUGUUGGUGAAUCUGGAAACGAAGCGCAAGAAACAUGCGUCCUUCUUCAAGGCCAUCGCAACCGGCGAUACGAAGCUACUGAUCAUGACGGACGCACUCAAGAUGACCGACAUGCAGCAGCGGGCCAGCAUCGAGUACGAGCGGCAGCGCCACCUGGCGAACUGGUUGAUCGAGUCGAGCCCGCACAUGCCGAAACCGACCGCCGCCCAGCAAAAGCAGCUCCAGCAACACCAGCAGCAACUGCAGCAACAGCAGCUGCAACAACUGGCCGGCGGUGCCAUUACCACCAAACAGUCCAAAGCGGCAGGGAAGCUGAAGCAAAGUCCCAUGUUUCUGCUGGCAAAGAUUGGCCACAACAUGAACCUGGCCGUGGGUGGAGGCGGUACGGGCGGGGGUGGCGGUACCGGUGGAGGAGUAACCCCAGCGGGGAAUUCGCUCGUUGCCGGUUCCACCUUCAACUCCCAGACGAACCUCCCGCUACAGAUCCUGUCCCCGGGUGGUGGCCGCGAAGGGAACAAACCGAAGCUGCGGCGCUUCAACUCGCACGACACCAGCGCCAACAUGUUCUCGGUGGCGGAGUUUGAGAACGCACGGAUGGCGCGGCGCAACGAGCUGGAAAGUGCGGCCCUGCUGCGUCAAAAGGCUCGCUACAAGCUCAACUCACUGUCCUCUGUUGGAGGUGGCGGUGGAGGAGGAGGGGGAGGAGGAGGAGGAGGGGGAGGAGACUGUUCAACGGGGGAAAGCAAGGGUUCGAAGCUGAGCUCCAGCGAGUCCAGCACCGAGCCACUGUUCGCGGAACAGUUUCUCGAGCGAUUCUCAUUGCCCCGCGUCAUCCGCCUGUCGUACACGUCGUCGUCCACCUCGCCGAUGCCCGGUGGUGGCCAUCAAGGUGAUCAAACGAUGACCUCGUCCAGUUCGGCAGAAUCGAGCAGUACGGCCGAACGGCCGAGCAGCGGCUCGAAAGCAUCCAAGUCGAAAAAGGGCAAGGGUUCGGGCACGAUCGGGGGCGAUCUGUUUCUGCUGUACCGGUACAUGCGCAGCUACCGGAGCUACCACGUGUUCAACACCAAGGCGGGAACCAGCCGGAAGAAGGGCUACAAGAUACCGCACGAUUUCCCCGGUUACUUCUCCUUCAUCAGCGACAAGGGCGCACCGACGGCAACCGUGUACACGACGAUCGUCCAGCUGGUCCGGGACCAAGUGUACAAGUUCCUGUCGCUGGACAACCUUUCCGCGUACACCGAAUCACACGAUAACUUUAGCCACAAAACGCACUACGUGAAGGCGACGGCCAAGGCGGGCCAGGUGUACCGACUGCUGGCGGUGUUCCAGGACGGAGAUCACAAAUCGGCCACCUCGCCCUCUAGUCACAAGGAUGCGUCGGCGGCUGGCAGCGGUAACGUGGGAGGGCGGGAGAAGGAACGGGGCAAGUACGCGCAGCUGUUGGAUGACAAUCGUCAGAUCUUCUACGUAUCGCUAUCCGCCAAAGGAAAGUUCUACGAGAUCGAGCAGCAUAGUGCUCCGGUACUGCAGAAGUACACCAACUUUGGCAACCACCAUCAGCUGCACAGUCUCAACGGGAACAACACGAGCAGCAGUAGCGUGGGGACGAACGGGAACCAACCGACCCAACAGCAACGAAAACCGAAACAGUUGAGCCGGGACUGUGUGCAUCGGAUCGGGUUCAUUAUGCAGUCGGAACCGUGUCUACCGCUGAACCUGAAGCUCAUCUCACCGCAGACGGGUGCAAACUCCUCCACCGUACCUGAGUACGUGACGAUCGCAAAGAUCAGCGAGGAGAACUUCCUGAUCGCGUGCCCGCUGGAUGAGCAACAGCUAACGACGACACUGACGCUAACCAAGCUGCACCUAACGCCCCAGAUGAAGUUCGCCAAAUGUACGAUGGGUUUCGAGAACGAGCAGCACAUGUUCCUGAACGCGAACGUCCAGACCGUGCUGAAGUUUUGCCAGUUCAACUGCGACAACUUCCUCCGGGUAGUGGACCACGAAACGAACGCAAUCGAGCUGCAGCAAAUGACGGCACUGUCGAUUGGACAGCAGCAGCAAACACUAACCUUAGCGUCAAACACCACGACCACGACCGGUCCGAGUUCCCUUGGUUCGAGUGCGAGCGGUGGUGGUGGGAAGCACGAAUCCAAGGGUGGUUCCGAGGUGCUUCGAAGGUUUGGCCGCCUGUUCGGUGGGGGUUCGGGUGGUGGUAACGAUCGGAACGGGUCCGGCCAUGAGAAGGAAGAUUCCAUCAUAUUUUUAAGUAAAAAUGAUCUGGAAAGUCUCGAAUGCGGUGGUCGAGAGCUGGGCGGAAUGGACGAUCAUCAUCAUCCUUCGCUGCACCAAACACAACACCACCACCACCACCACAGCCUGGUGGAUGAUCGAACGCUCGGAGGACGAUCGGAGAGUGCGGCGGAACCUCACUCACUCCCAAUGGCAAGCUACCGGAGCGAGAAGAUGAAAGUGUUUGCUUCACCGAACGGUAAGAGCAAGAAUGCCACGGCGACGUCGGCCACUACUUCCUCUUCUAGCCGAUGGUUCCGUGGGUUCGGUAGCCGAUCGAGUGCGAAUGAAUCCGUAUCGGCGGAUGAUGAGUGGGACAAACGGACGAGCCUUGACCGGUACCGGGACAUGUCGAAGUUGAUCCAGGAGCGGUUCGGUACCCUCGGUAUGCUUUCGCUCUCGUCCCGUGCGGCCAGUACCGAUCGGAUCGGUACCUUCGACGAUGGUACGAUCGUAAGCCACGAUCCGGGUUCCUCCGUCGCUAGCGUCGGUGCCCGGGAAAAGUGUCUCUCACUGCAGCACAUCGAGCAGAAGAGUAAACCGGACCUGGUGCCACCGCACCAUCAUGUGGCCACCAGCGGUGACGAAGCGAUGCGACGCCCGCUGGAUGAUGACGAUGACAAUGGUAGCGUCCUCACCGCAUCCGAGCUCGGAGACACCAUAUUCUUCCCGCUGCGCCACAGCACCAACCAACAAUCGUUCAUGACGCAGAAGCUGUACAGCGAGUUCCACGUGAAGACGAAGCAGUACAGCAAAUCAUCGUCCAGCAUCCAGCAGCUGCUCCACCUAGCCGGCAAUGGCAAUCGGUCCGGCGGCAGUGAGCUACCGGGAAGCAAAAAGAGCGCCCUGAAGAAUCGAUUCCGUAGCGGUGGAACGAAUCAUGAUCGUAAUCAUGGUAGUAGCGGUGAGGUGGUGCUUUCGUUCGAGGAUCUUCGCUACAUGAACAGCGUGUGUGAUGAGGCGGAGGAACGGAUGACAUCCCCGUCCCGCCCGGCAUCGAUGGUGGUGAUGAAGGAGAAGCGCCCGAAGACGGUUUCCCUGCGGGAACCAUCAACGGCAGCGAGCGAGCGGACGAUUCUGGACGAUCUGCCGUACAGCAGUGUGCGGGACUCGAUCGUGCUGCAGGCGGGCGAUUCCGACCAGGACAGUAGCAGCUCCGUACCGGCGGAGAGCAUUUAUGCGGAAAUCUGUACCGAGCAUGCGGCGGCCAACGGUGCUACCAGUCCAACGCCACCAUUACCACAGAAACCGAAACCGGCACACCAACAACCGGAGAAACGGUUCGUCAGCAUCCGGAUCAACGUACCACCGUGCGAUAGUGUGGCCGCCGGGUCGGUGUGUUUAAAUCCGGCCGGUGCAAAUACUAAUACUACCAACAACACCACCACCACAAGCAGCACCGCUACCAGUAGCAGCUGCAGCAACACCAGCAGCCGCUGCUCGUCGGCCGUUUCUAGUCCGAUCGAAGACAACAUUUACAACACGAUCAAAUGA